AAACUUCAAUGCUCGAUGUCAAUGUCAGUAAAAUACAAGCAGUGAUAAAAGUAGAAUUGUAAAAGUUAACAAAAUAUUUACUAACAUUAGCGUUUACAAAGUGAACGAUUUAAUCCCGUUACGUUGAUAAAUUGCCCAAUUCUUAUUUUGAUAGAUUCUCAAUUGAUCUACAAUGGUUGAAGAAGACGAAUACUCUUGUGUAAACAGAUCGCAAUUAAAAAUUAAGGAUAAUUCUGGAAUUAAAAAGAAAAAGAAGAAGAAGUAUAAUAAAGAAACGGAAAAGGCUAUUGAGAAUGAAGUAAAGGAACAAAUAAAACAACAAAAAAGCACUAACGAAAAGACAAAAGCUGAGCUUGCUUUCUUAAAGAUGCAAGAUAAAAUGAAAAAACAAAGGAUUCAACAAAAAGCGGAGAUGACUCACAAACAAAGGGUAGAGAAGUUUAACCAACAUUUGGACAGCUUGACGGAGCACUUUGAUAUUCCUAAAGUGUCCUGGACCAAAUAGUUACACACAUUGUUCAAUAUUUGUAUAUUAAAGCAUAAUUAAACAUAAAUCUCACACUAUUGGCUUACCAUAUACUGAAAUGGUGUACUGUAGGAAACAUUGGGCUAUGAAUUUAAAUAGCCAAUUAUCAUAUAACAUGGAAUAAAUAUAUUUAAAAAUAA